ACUGUCAUCGGUGUCAUCAUGUCAACUUGGUCUUCAGCAAGCCUUGGUCAAACACCAAGAUCUCCAUGGCAUUGAUCGGACUUUGGGUGUUUUUCAUCUCGGUGGUUAUGCUUUUUUUCGUCAAAGACCGAUGGGUACAGACAUUAGGGAUACUAGAGCGCGAGGAACUGCUUCUAGUACAUGGUCCUCGUGAGAACAUCAUCAAAUUGAAGGAGUCCGACGACUUGCACGGUUCAACACCAGUCAAUUCCACAGAGAUUGAUCAGAACAAGACUGUCGCAACGGAUCACAACAAACAACAGCAACUGGCUACGGGCCAUGUGAGAGCGCUGGAGGGGGGCAGCGAUCGAGCCAGUGGCACCGGGGAUGGUGAGAAGAAGGCAUACGAUGUGUUCGAUCCAUUUUCCUGCCGUAGCAGGAAAGAAAUCGCUCAGUACUUGCGUCACGGGACCAACCUGACAUUGCAUUUCGAGCUUGAGGAGUUCUUGAAGAAGUACGAGGAUUACCACAGAUCAUGCAGCGUCGGCGUUGACUUGAUGGCGCAUUUCAACGAGUUAAUUGCAGGAGGGAACCGCUCUAAGUCAGACAACCAUGGAAAGUUGGCCGACUGCAAGUACGUUGUAUGGAUCUGUCCGUGGGAGGGACUCGGGAAUCGGUUUGCGUCUCUUGCGUCGACCUUCCUCUACUCCAUUCUGACCUGGCGAGUGAUUCUCGUCGAGAGGAGGGGCAAUGUGGGCGAUUUGAUAUGCGAACCCUUUGCAAAUCAUUCCUGGAUGGCCCCUGAGGGCCUCAAUGGGUGGUCUUUCAAUGAUGCACCUGAUCUUCCCACUGUUAUAAAUGCAAGUAUCCCUGUAUUCGGUCUUUCCGAGAAGCCUCAAGAGAAGGAAAACAAUUCGGACGCCAGUGUGGGAUCACAGAAGAGUCCUGAAAGUGCCGCUGUAAGCUCGGAAGCACCUGCGGAGUCCACAGGUCCCCCUGGCAGAGCUCUCAUCCGCUGGCCGCCGCCUACGGUAUCAAUCAGGAUCUUUCACGUUGCCGACACGCGUGCGGAUAAUAUGCCUUUCUUCUGCCCCCAGGAGCAGGAGAUUCUGUCCGAGGUUAAGUGGGUUUCAAUUUACAGCAACCAGUACUUUGCGCCUGCAUUGUUUCUGCUUCCGCAGUUCAAGGGCCGGCUCAACCGAUGGUUUCCCGAUGGUAUCGUCUACACCCGCUUAGCGCGCCACCUGUUCCUGCCAAACAACGUGGUCUGGGAGAGGAUCACCAGGAUCCACAAGAUUUAUCUUUCUACGACGGAUCGACUUGUUGGUGUGCAAGUACGUGACAUGAGCGACGACCCCACUAACAGACUAGCGGGGGUGCUCGAUUGCCUCAUCAACGGGGGAGUGCUGCCGCAACCGGGCGUCUCUGCACUGGUCACGACCAAGGGAGUGGUGGUGCAGCUCCCGGAUUCAACCCAGCAGGCCUCACAAGCAGCGGUAGCAUCAACGACGAACGCAACUGUACAUUCAAAGAGGAAGAAAAGGGAUCACAAGGGUCAGCCAGGGAUUGUGCUGUUUGAGGCAGGGGAGAGGGGAGAGAGAGAGCCCAUGAGCAUGAACGGCAGCAGCAGCAGCAAUCACAGUAGCACGGAGCAGUACGAGCCGAGGAGUAAAGGUGACGUUACGGUCUUCUUCGCCUCCUUGCGCGACAUGUACUACAAGACAGUAAAAAGCAUAUAUGGGUCUAGACCUACGAUGACCGGCGAGAGGGUCAUCGUUCACCAGGAGAUCAUGGAAUCAGAGCAAAAGUCGUUUAGACGAGAACACGAGGAAGGUGCGUUCGUCGAUGUAUGGCUUCUUGGCUUUAGCGACGAAUUAAUCACCACCCCCGGCUCGACGUUUGGCUACAUAGCGCAAGCGAUUGCAGGGUUGGAGACACCUCGGCGGCUAAACUAUUAUUGGGAACCGAAAGAGAUAGAUGCGGCCACUAAAAGAGAGAGAUCCUGCGUCACUUGGCAGAGUAGAGAAGGAUGUUAUCAUAAGCCACCAUGGAACAACGAUAAAUGGAAGUGUAGGAAUGGGGGACAUGUUUACGUGAAGAACCAAUUGUACGGCAAGAAAAAUGAGUCGCGCUUUGCCACCUGUGAAGAUUUCACAGUAGGUAUUCAAUUGAUUACAAAGUAGAUUUCACAGCAACACAGAUUAAGGGGUCCCUCUGAACCCCUCUCCUCCCCUUGCCCUCCCUGCGAUAAUCUCUAGGGACCCUC